CACGUCAGUCGGCCUCCCCACCAACCUGAGCUCAACCCUCUUUCCCUCCCUCUCUCCGCCGCCCUCCCCGACGCCGGGGAUGAGCCCCGCCCCGCAGCAGCGCCGCCGGACGCGCGCGCGGCGUCCGGCCAGGUACCGCGACGACGAAGACGAGGUCAGGUGCGAGGCGUGCGGGUCCGGCGACGCGGCGGCAGAGCUGCUGCUCUGCGACGGCUGCGACCGCGGCCUCCACAUCUUCUGCCUCCGCCCCAUCCUCCCCCGCGUCCCCGCCGGCGACUGGUUCUGCCCCUCCUGCUCUUCCGCCGCCUCGCCAGCCAAAUCCUCCUCCGCCGCCGCCAUGACCAAGAUGCCCAAAGAGUUCCCGCUGGUGCAGACGAAGAUCGUGGAUUUCUUCAAGAUCCAGAGGGGCCCCGUCUCGGCGGCGGCGGCGGGGGGAGAGACGCCGGAGGGGAAGAAGAGGAAGCGGAAGGCGCUGGUGGUGUCCAAGAAGAAGAGUAGGAAGCUGCUGCCCUUCAUCCCCAGCGAGGACCCGGCCAGCCGGCUGGCGCAGAUGGCGUCGCUCGCCACGGCGCUCACGGCCACCGGCGCCGCCUUCAGCGACCGCCUCACCUACGUGCCCGGCAUGGCCCCGAGGUCCGCCAACCGCGCCGCCCUCGAGGCUGGAGGGAUGCAGGUGCUUCCAAGGGAGGAUGUGGAGGCAUUGAAUCUGUGCAAGCGGAUGAUGGAGAGAGGGGAAUGCCCUCCUCUCCUUGUCGUCUUCGAUCCGAUUGAAGGAUUCACUGUGGAGGCAGAUAGGUUCAUCAAGGACCUGACCAUAAUCACUGAGUAUGUUGGCGACGUCGACUACCUGCGCAACCGAGAGCACGAUGACGGCGACAGCAUGAUGACCAUGCUCUCCGCCGCUUUGCCGUCCAAGAGCCUCGUCAUCUGCCCCGACAAGCGGAGCAACAUUGCGCGGUUCAUCAAUGGCAUCAACAACCACACGCCGGCCGGCAGGAAGAAGCAGAACCUGAAGUGUGUGCGGUUUGAUGUUGACGGCGAGUGCCGGGUGCUGCUGGUGGCGAACAGGGACAUCUCCAAAGGGGAGAGGCUGUACUAUGAUUACAAUGGGUCUGAGCAUGAGUACCCAACUCACCAUUUUGUGUGAUCUUGCUGAGCUAGUGUUCUGACCACCAGCAAAUUUAUUUAUUUGUAACCCAAAUGAAAUUUGAUCAAACUGAUCAUAUCCCCAAGAGGCUAAGAGUCUGAGAUGUGUCCCCCUCAAAUUGGUGUACAUUAGAAUGUUAACCUGGGUAGAUAAAGGGGAAUAUUGUUUUGUUCAGCAUUGUUGUCUCCAAUGAGUGAUAUUGAAUGAAUGAAUGAAAAUCAAUAUUGGCAAAA